AUGUUCCUGCUAGUUCUCCUUCACAUCAUGCAAACAGCUGUGUUGAUCCGUUCCUGCCCAGUUCUCUGUGUCUGCAGCAGUGGAAUGACAGAGCCCAGGUUGGUUCAGUGCAGUGAUGCUGGGAUGUCCACACUUCCUGUGAACGUUCCAGCCGACACAGUCAAACUUCGCCUGGAGAAGACCCUGAUCUCCAGGGUGCCUCGAGCAGCUUUCUAUAACCUAUCUGAGCUACGCUUCUUGUGGCUGACCUACAACACCAUAACAUCUGUCCAUCCCAGCAGCUUUGUCAACCUGAAGGCUCUAAGGGAGCUGCGCCUGGAUGGAAACCGGCUGACAGCCUUCCCCUGGGAGGGGCUGAGAGACAUGCCCCGCCUCCAGACUCUUGGACUCAACAACAACCGCCUAACCAGCCUUCCAGCUCAUGCUGCGCUCUUCCUCCCUAACAUCACCUACCUGGAUUUAUCCAGCAACAGGCUUACCAUGUUACCAGCUGAGCUUUUAGACCUUUGGUUUCCUCUUCCAGAGCUACAGGGAGGACCAGUUCAAAGAAAGAUCCUAGGUCUUCAUGACAACCCCUGGCUGUGUGAUUGCCAGAUAUCCAUGCUGACAUCAUUGUCCAUGUCUGUGGGGAGUCCAGUGGUUUUGAUUGAUCAGCUGCUAAUGUGCAGCAGGUCUGUUGGCCAGUCCGGGUUGCUUCUAACACAGGAUGAUCUCUCUCGCUGUAUGAGGCCCUCUGUCCAGCCAGCAGCAACCAGGGUUAUCUCUCCACUAGGCAGCAAUGUUAUCCUCCGAUGUGAUGCAAGCGGGUACCCAACCCCAACGCUAACCUGGAUCAAGACCUCUCCUUCCACUGUCAUACAGGAAUCUCCCAGGGUCGGCGUUCGUUGGUCAAUAAUCAGUCUGAAUGGCUUAUCUUACAAGGAUGCUGGGGAAUAUCGCUGUCAGGCACGAAACAUGGCUGGAAUAUCUGAAGCUCCAAUCAAACUCAGGGUUAUGGGAAUCACAAGACUGUCUCGUUUCCCAAAAAGGAAAUCUCAAAAGACCUUGUCCAAACCAUCACCAAAAUACAGAAAGCGCCCCCGAACUCCUGACGUCUACAACCUCAAAGAAAAGGAGAGUCCGAACAUUACAAAUGCCCCAACGAUUUUACCGAACAACACCCCGGACAUUUAA